AUGAGUUUUCAAGACUUGCAGAUCGAUCAAUGGUUAAAAGAUGCGGUUCACGCUCGUGGGUUUACUAAAAUGACGCCCGUUCAAACGAAUACCAUUCCUCUUUUUUUGAAAAACAAAGACGUUGUCGUGGAAGCGGUCACCGGAUCAGGAAAGACGUUGGCUUAUUUGUUGCCUGCAAUCGAUAAAAUUCUGAAAAGGGAUCCUGAUGAGCGCGGUUUGGGUGCUCUCAUAGUCGCACCUACUCGUGAGCUGGCAAAUCAAAUCUUUCAUGUUACUGAAGAAUUGCUAGUAUAUCAACCAGAAGAACUUGCAAAUAAGAAAACGCUUGUAACUGACAUGUAUAUUGGUGGAAAAGGAACUUUAUCAAACGAUUUGGCUUCUUUUCGAGAAAAAAAUCCUACCAUUGUUAUCGGAACUCCAGGUCGGAUGAACGAAAUGCUAGGACAUAUUUCCAGUAAAAAUUUAGCAAUUUUAAUUUUAGACGAAGCAGAUACUCUUAUUGAUAUGGGCUUUCAAAAAACUCUGCAGUCAAUUAUCUCUCAAUUACCCAAGCAACGACGUACAGGCCUUUUCAGUGCUACUAUGAAUGAUACGGUUUCAUCCUUUUUAAAGGUUGCCGGACUUCGGAAUAGUGUUCGUGUUUCUGUUACAGUCACAUUGAAGAAAGAGGAUACCAGAGCGCCAUCUUCUCUGUCGAUCCAAUCAUUUAUCUUACCUCCCAUGUAUAAAAUUCAAGGAAUGCUACAUAUGCUUCAAAAUCAAGAAUAUGACAAGGCGAUUGUUUUUUUUCUGUCUUGUGCAACCGUUGAAUACUUCUAUUCUUUGUUGUCUCAAAUGAAGCUUCCAUUUGAAGUCAUCGCCUUGCAUGGUAAGCAGGCUCAAUCAAAUCGAAGCAAAAACUAUGAAAACUUUGUAAAAACCAAUAAAAAAUCUGUUUUGCUUACAACAGAUGUCGCAUCACGCGGUUUGGAUAUCCCAAAUGUAGAUUUAGUGCUUCAACUGGAUGCUCCAUUGGAUCCUAAAUCUUUUUCACAUCGCUGUGGUCGAGCAGGACGUGCGGGCCGUUUCGGUUUAGCUCUUGUCUUUUUGAAUGAAGGUAGGGAGGAAGAUUAUGAAGAAUUACUGAGGGUACGUAAAGUACCAAUUCAACGAAUGGACACUCCCGAAUCAAUGAUGGAUCGGAACCAACUCGAAGAAUUAACUAAACACCUUAGGGGUAUUGUUACAAAAGAUCGAGAUACCUAUGAAAAAGGAUUAAGGGGAUUUGUAUCCCAUGUGCGUGCAUAUACCAAGCAUCAAGCAUCCUUUAUAUUCCGUAUAAAGGACAUGGAUUUACAUCAACUAGCAACAGCCUAUGCUUUAUUACACUUACCUAAGAUGCCAGAGCUAAAAGAUGCCCCAGCUGCUAACGAUGUAUUUCAGCCGCUGGAUAUCGAUACCCGAACAAUAGCUUUUAUUGACCCAUCUCGUGAAGAUGCUCGCCAGCGGAAACUGGAGGAACAGCGUAAUCAGCCUGAGAAACCUAAAAUAGAAAAAAAACCUAAAGUUGAAGCUUGGUCGAAACAAAAAGACAUGAAAGAGAAACGCGUUGUUCGUCGUGAAAAAAGGAAGUCAAGACGUGAAUUCGACAAAACACAAAAGAAACGUAAAGCGGAAGAAGAGAAUCAAGCAUCUCAACAGGAUAGCUCUUCUAACAAUAUGAAGGAUAGUCAAGAAAAUGACGUUUCCGACGAGGAAAACCUUUCUGAAUUAGAAGAUGAUUAUCGUGCUUUACAGAAGGAAAAGAAAAGAAAAGGCUCCGCUACAAUUACUUUUGAUGGUUUAUAA